AUGAAUGCUGUAGAUAAAUCUAUGGUGAAUAAAAGAAAACUAAGUUCAUUACUUUCAUUAAAUAAUGAUGUUCAAAGAUCUAGUAUUGAAAAGCUGAUAAGUUUUUGGGAUAUUGAUAAUAAAGGUUAUGUUUCUCCAUAUGAUUUAAUUGCAGGUUUUAUGGAACUUGGCUAUAACGUAGUAUUUAGUGUUUUCUUUGGUGCUAGUAUAGGAGUUCUCUUAUCUACUCAUGUUCAUACUGGAUGGAAGAUAGACCCUCUAUCGCGUACUAAUUUGAAAGGUUUGAUACGAUAUAAGAAAAGAACUCAAAAUAACAGAGGUGCCUUUGAUGAAGAGGGAAUAUUCAACCUUGAAAAGUUCAAUACUUUCAUUGACAAGUAUGCAAAAUAUGAUCCUUCUGGAAAAACAAUUAGGGUGACUGAAUUUAUAAAAAUGACGAAAGAACAAGAACAAUUGGAGAAUAAUAUGAACUCCUGGUUCAAGUUAAUAUUGGAAAUAGGAAUGGUUUAUUUUUUUAUAGGACAUUAUGGUUAUUUUACAAGAGAAAACAUCUGCUCUUUUUAUGAUGGUUCAAUAUUCUAUCGUCUUAGAAAUGACUAUAUAAGUACUCUGAAAGAUAAAAGGCAAAGAGUCUAUCUGUCUGAAAUGGAUGGAUUAAGAGGCCCAUAUAUUUCAAAAUCUUAUUUCGGAUUAGAUCCUAGAGAAAUGGAAUAUAAAAUACAAGCUAUGUUUAAUUCGUGGCAAUCUAAAGUCCAAAUUGUACAGAAUUUAAAUUUGGAUAAAUGGUCUAAUCCAAUUAAAAAAACUGCGCAUAAGAUGAAAGAGUAUACAGUCUCACAUGUAUUCAAACAACCCACUUCUGUUAUUAAUGGUGUUCCUGAACCUACACAAAUUAUUCAUUCUCCUUCUGAAAGUCCCGAUGAGGAUGCUAAUUUGGAAGAAAACUUGAAUCUUACAGGAGUUGCUAGUAAACCUGCUUCAGAGACAUCGUUGACAGAUGAUGACUUCUUUAGUGCCCUCUUAAGUCCAGAUCAAACUUCAGCAUCAACAAGUUUGAAUGGUAGUAGUCUCUUUGGUGAGCAAUAUAAUGGUGAUACUCAUAUGAAUCGAGAGGAACCCAUCAUUUUCAACUAUGAUUCAAAUCAUAGUACUGAUAUGCCUCUUGAUGAUUCUACCACAUUUGAACGUGUACCUUCCCAUUUGUCUUCAAAACCUGAUUCUUCAUUGGAUACAACAACAGCUUCAAUGAGUAGUUUUCUUCGAUAUGAUGAAGUUGACUAUAAGAAUUGGCUUACUGAAACUUUAACAGGCGUUCAAUACGAUCAUGUUGAAGACACGAUCGAAAAUACACCCAAUUUAUCUAUUGAUCAACAGCAACUUAAACUGGAUGAAGAAGUUAAACAAGAAAAAAUUAUGGAUAAAGCUGAAGAUAAAACAGAACUAAUCGUUACAACUCCUCUUCCUGAUGAAAAAAUUAUCUUCUGCUUUGAAGACCCUUUAAAAGAAGAACAACCUCCCAUUAUUCCUUCUCCCAAGGUCAUUCAUCAUAUAAAUAAGCUAUCUUCUGAUAACAAGCAUAUAUAA